AUGUCCUCCAUUCGGCUCAAAGACCACGGCGACAUCCCCGUCACCAUCCCCCAAGGUCUCUCAGAAGACCAGCUCCUCGACUUCAAACCAUUCAUCACCUGGGUAUCAACCCUCACAAACUCAAUAGCCCUCCAAUCCCGCACCGCAACCCACCCUUUCCACCCGGACCCGUACCGCCUCACCUCCAUCACCGUCCAAGCCUUCGACAUCUUCGGCGGGACAGGCAAGGUAGGCUUCCUCAAAGCCGUAGCCGACGUAUCCAACGCCGCAGGCGAGCGUCUUCCCGGCAGCAUCUUCCUCCGCGGGCCCAGCGUCGCCGUGCUCGUCAUGCUCAUCCCGGACGACGUCGACGCGAAAGCGAACGCCUCCGACUCGGACGAGCGGUACGCCGUCCUCACCGUGCAGCCGCGCGUGCCGGCCGCGAGCCUGGCCUUCGCGGAGAUACCGGCCGGCAUGGUCGACGGGCAGGGUUCUUUCGCCGGCGCUGCGGCCAGGGAGAUGGAGGAGGAGUUGGGGGUGGAGAUUCGCGAGGGUGAACUCGUUUGUCUUAGCGAGUUGGCCAGCGAGCUUGCGGAUGAAGGCGGAAAGGGGGGGGAGGAAGGGGAAAGGUUGCCGAACGCCAUGUACCCUUCCGCUGGUGGAUGCGACGAACACAUCACCCUCUACAGCCACGAGAGGCGGGUGCCGAGGGCGCAACUCCAGGACUGGGCUGGGCGGCUGACCGGAUUGAGGGAACAUGGCGAGAAGAUCACUCUCAGGCUGGUGCCUAUGCGGGACCUGUGGCGGGUCGGGGCGCGCGAUGCGAAAUGUCUCGCUGCCCUGGCUCUAUGGGAGGGUCUUAAGAGGGAGGGCAAGAUAUGA